UAAUUUUUCGUAGCGAGAUUAGAAGAAGAUGGAAGGAUCGCCAAAUAAGUCAAACCCCGAGGGAAUUUCUGGUGCUCGAAACGAGGCAGCUCUCCUGACUCUGAUGGAGCGCACCGGCUACCACAUCGUUCAGGAGAAUGGGCAGCGUAAAUAUGGAGGACCUCCCCCGGGCUGGGAAGGCCCGCAACCAAGCCGGGGUUGCGAAGUCUUCGUUGGAAAAAUCCCCCGAGAUUUAUUCGAAGAUGAACUUGUUCCCGUCUUCAUGAAAAUUGGAAAAAUCUACGAAUUACGUCUGAUGAUGGACUUUAGCGGCAGCAAUCGCGGAUAUGCUUUCGUGAUGUACACCAAUCGAGAAGAUGGAAAGAAAGCGGUGAAACAGCUCAACAAUUAUGAGAUCCGAAAGGGGCGAUAUUUGGGCGUUUGCCCAUCUGUCGACAAUUGCCGGUUGUUCGUUGGCGGCAUCCCCAAGAACAAGAAACAAGAAGAAAUCCUUGCCGAGAUGGCUAAAGUGACGGAGCAAGUCGUCGACGUUAUCGUGUACCCAUCCAUCAACGACAAGGCGAAAAAUCGUGGAUUUGCCUUCGUCGAAUACGAGAAUCAUCGGGCUGCAGCCAUGGCUCGACGCAAGCUCAUCCCUGGACGAAUUCAACUUUGGGGACAUCAGAUUAUGGUAGACUGGGCCGAGCCAGAGCAAGAUGUCGAUGAAGACGUCAUGAGAUCGGUCAAAAUCUUAUACGUGAGAAACCUAAUGCUGCACACAACAGAAGAAACCAUUGCCAAAGAGUUCAACAAGUUCAAGGAAGGAAGCGUGGAGAGAGUGAAGAAACUCAGAGAUUUUGCGUUCAUCCAUUUCUUCUCCAGGGAGGAUGCCCUCAGUGCAAUGAAUGCUAUGGACAAUGCCCUUCUAGAUGGUGCUAAGAUUGAGGUUGUUCUCGCCAAGCCUGUUGACAAAGGAAACUACGUCCGCUACACCAGAGGUUCAGGGCGAGGCUACGUGCAGCAAGGUCUCUAUGGUUACGACCAGCAACAGACAAGCCCCUCCUACUACCCAGGUUACAGCAACCCUACUGGAAUGCCACCCAUGAUGGGUAUGGCUGGUAGGGGCGGCGGUAUGAUGCAGCGCUCACCAAUCCGGGGUGCCCCCAGAGGCCGUGGGGGAAGUAUGCGAGGUGCUGGUGGAACGAGGAGCUAUGGCAUGGGACGGGGUUACAACCGCUAUGACAGGAAGCCCCAAGAGCCACGCCUGUACGACCUCCUUCCCGGAAUGGAAUUGACCCCAACGAACCCCGUAACUCUUAAACCAGAGAAAAAUAACAUUCAGGUCUUGGAGGAGUUGUGCAAUAAGAAUCAGUGGGGACCACCAAACUUCACCCUCCUCUCACAUCGUACAAACAGUGAUGUACAGCUCUUCAUCUACAAGGUGACAGUUCCCGGUCUAAUGGCCAACUAUCCCGAUGGACUCACACCCCAGAAGCUUUGCCAGACCCCGGACCAGGCCAAGAACUUUGCUGCCGAGUGCCUUUUGGCUUCCCUGGGGGUUCCUGUCGAUGGUGAGGAGAGCCAAUCAGAGAGUCCAGUGCAAGGAAGCCCCUCCCCUUCACCUUCUCCAUAUCCCGCCUCCAUCCAUCAUCCUCAUCAAAUUGGCUCACAUCAUAGCUCUUAUCCAUCUAGCCCUGUCGUAGUUAGUGCAGGUGGUGAUGCCCACACUGCCACAUCCCCUCACCCCUACCAGUCAGGAUCGGGCUACCACCAACAGGGAGGCUACGGGGGUGAUGUCUACCACCAGGUCUACCAAGGAUGAGUGAGGGACAAAACCACGCUGCAAAAUCAUGGCCAUCCUCGUACUCGCCCUUUCAUCGAUCUUAAAAUCAGUUUUCUAGAAAAUCAAUUUUAAGGCCACAUUUUCCAAAGCCUUAUAUUGGAUAACAGUACAAUCAAUUUCAAGCUAUAACUAAUUUGGUGUCAAAAUUGAUGAUGAAAUUGAUUUUAAGAUUAGUGAAACAGACCUUUGGAUGUACUACUACGCACCUGACUACCGUAUUUCUUUUUUCCAAUAUUUCUCUGAUGGACUUUAUGUUCAUGAUUUCUCUUAUUGAACGUUCCUUCAUUGUUAUGUGUGUUGUGAAAUCUUACAUAGAUAAAAUGAAUGUAUUUCAGGAUUUUUUUUGUGUGUUGAAAUAGAUAUAGAGUUUAUGAUUCGUAUAUUGAAAAUUUUAGUUUUAGCCUUUUCCACGAUUUCUUUUUGUUUUAGAUCAUAGAGUUAUGAUUUUCAUCAGUUUCAUCUAUUUUGAAGAUUCAUAAAAAAAUAUUGAAAGUUUCAUUCACAUCAGGGCCUGUAACCUGUAUGGAUUUGCAAUUGGUCAUAUGAUUAAUUUUAACGAUUGAUUGCGCAUCAUUGGAUAUGCAAUCGAUCGUAACAAUUGGUCAUAUGAUCAUUUAUUUUGGUUUGUAAAAUGGGCCCUUGACCGGUUAUCACAAACCAAGACCUUUAAAACAUGCUCAUUGUGACAAGGGUGAAAACUACAAAAGGUGCUUUGUUUUAACACAUUCUUCAGCACUGGGGGACUUGUGAUAUUUUGGUGUUGAUUUGGUGUUAUGGGCUGAUUUCAACACCAGCACAGCACCAGAGCUAAAAUAGUUGGGUGUUGGAGCUAGUGAAGGCAAUCAGAAUCUUGCAUUCGACACUAUCACAAACGCUAACACUAAACUGCCAGAUUAUGUUAGGUGUUGGAGCUAAGGAAUGUAAUUUGACCUGUGCAUCAGACACAAACUCCAACACCAACACUGGACCUACCUGUAAGUGUUUGAGUUGGUAAAGGUAAUCUGAAUUGUGUAUCUGACACUAACAAUAAACACUAACAAUAAACUGCAAAAUAGGCCUACUGCCAAUUAAAGCAUAUGUAGGUGUUUGAGCUAGUGAUUGCAAUCUGAAUGGUGCAUUCAACACAAACACUGAACUCAUGUUGGGUGUUAACAUUUAUAGUGAAGGCAAUCUAAAGCGUACAUCCGACACUAGACAUGAAAUCACCCAUUGUAUUGAGAAAUACUUCAAGUAUAUAGGGGGUGUAGGUGCUACUAAUAUCAAGAAAACUUUUCUU